AUGGAGUCACAGAUUUUCUACUUCAUCGUCCUGUUAUUCUGCACACUUGCAGUCUCGGCAGCUCCAGCCAGCACUCGUAACCACAAUAUUAAACACCUCGUCACCCUCCUCGGAAAAAUUCGCGACAUGGAACGAGGCACAUCCACGAGUCCGCAUGCAGCCACUAGAAACAGUACCCCAGAUGUUGCUCCUGCGGGCUUCCCAAGUCAGUUGGACUCAUCCCAGGCUGACAUAGUAGACGUGGAAGAAUCACCAGAGCGUGGAUAUCUCGGCAAACUGCUGGCGCAGGUACACAAACGGCAAGGGGCCUGGUCCUACGAUUACGGUCUUGGAGGAGGCAGAUUCGGAAAGAGGCAUUAUGGGGAUUAUGGGAUUGGAGGAGGUCGGUUCGGGCGGGAUGUUGAUCACGUGGAUUUGUUGGACGGAAAUGAUGCAGAUUUGACCUCAUAG